UUCAUCGGCUGCUCACCCUUCGACGACUACGAGCUGACGACCAAGCUGGGCGAGGGCACCUUUGGCGAGGUGCACAAGGCCAUCCAUAAGUCCACAGGAACCCUUGUGGCGCUCAAGCGCGUUCUGAUGCAUAACGAGAAGGAGGGUCUGCCGAUAACAGCCAUUCGCGAGAUCAAGUUGCUCAAGUCGCUCAGCCACCCCAACAUUGUACCAUUGUCCGACAUGCUUGUCCGCCAUGAGGGCGCGGGCAGCACACAGGCGCCGUCCGUCUACAUGGUUUUCCCCUACAUGGAGCACGAUCUGACCGGGCUCCUGGAGAACCCAAAGAUCCAUCUGCGCCUGGAGCACAUUAAAUUGUAUCUGCGCCAGCUUCUUGAGGGCACCGCUUACCUGCACGCCAGCCACGUCAUGCAUCGCGACAUGAAGGCCAGUAACCUUCUGCUUAACAACGCCGGGCGUUUGUACAUUGCGGACUUUGGGCUUGCGCGGUCGUUCAAUCCGGACGAAAGAAAGGACAUGACCAAAUGCGUUGUCACGCGGUGGUACCGGCCGCCAGAGCUUUUGCUGGGCGAACGCAAAUACACGACAGCCAUCGAUAUGUGGGGCAUCGGGUGCAUUUUCGCUGAGAUGCUUGUGGGUAAGCCUGUGUUCCAAGGCAAUUCGGAUUUGAACCAGAUUGACCAGGUUAUGCGUAUCUGCGGCUCACCGACCACAGCCUCGUGGCCCGGGUGGCGGGACCUUCCUGAUUGCAAUCAGGUGGUUGAGUUUGCCACUUAUGCGCGUCAUGUGCGCGAGGAGUUUGUGAGGUUCGGCGAGGAUGCCGCUGAUUUGCUUGAUCAGCUUCUGCAGCUUGAUCCGAAAAGACGCCCGGAUGCGGCCACGGCGCUUAAACAUCGUAUUUUCUUUACUGCGCCGUUCCCAGCGAGGCCCGAGGAUAUGCCCAAAUUUGAACACUCGCAUGAGUUUGAUCGUCGCAAGAUCCGUCACCAG